UUUUACCCUAAUUCUCAAAGAGUUUUUUUUUAUUCUCUCUUUGUCAAAAACAAAAAGCUUCUUCUUUUUCUCUCUGUAAACAAAGCUUCUUCUAGUUCUACAAUGUUGACGAAGGACAAAACAACGAAAUUGUUCUCGGUGAGAAACCGAAGAUGUUUCAAGAAACAACCUAAGACAACAAAUCUUGCUUUGAGAGAACAGACCAUGUUUAAGAAAGCCUCUGAGCUUUCCAUCCUUUGUGAUGUCGAAGUCUGUGUUAUAUACUACAACCGUGACGGAGAACUCGUCAGGACAUGGCCGGAAGAUCAAUCCAAGGUUCGAGACAUGGCGGAGAGAUUCAGCAAACUCAACGAUAGAGAGAGACGCAAGAAAAGCACAAACCUUUCUUUCUUUCUGAAUAAGAAGACCCUCAAAGACAAGAAGUCAUCUUUUGAUAUCAUGGACAACAAAUUCUCUGAGAACGUCUUGGAGAUGGAGGCUUCGUUAGAGAGUUCUAUACGGGUGUUACAAGAUAAGAUUCUUCGGUUACAGAACCAGACGGAACCCGAUCAGAACCCUGUGGUGUCUUCCGCCGGCUUCUUCACAACAUUGAUGAGCGGUGGUGUGUCAAAAACAGAGCAAUACCUAUCGACACCUUCAUUGACUCAACAACAUCAGAGCAAAGUUUCAGUCUUUCUCUAUAACCAUGACAACGGUAGCUUCUGCCAAAUCCCUGACUCUGUUUCUACCUUUGACCCAUCGACGAGUUCGGCUUCACUUGGGGUACAAGGAGGGUCUAACAUCUUUGAUCUUCCCAUUCCCUUUUGGCCGAUUUAGAUUUAGGGUUUGUAAGAAGUCUGACAAUUAUUUUGUUAUUAUCCUUUGAAUUGUAUGUUUUGCUAAGUAUGAAUGUAUCUUUUUUUCUCAAGUUUCUAACAAAGUCUUUGGCUUCUUCUACUCUUUUUUUUUUCUGAGUCUUAAAUUUGAGUUUGAUCAAACUAACUAUAUUAUAAGGGUUUUUAUGCAAUAGAAAUUGAAUGUUAAAUGUCCAUAAUUGAUGCAGACAAGUAAACUAAUUGAGUAAUGGGACCUUGUUUCUGUGAAAUCUUCUGUUCAAUUUUACGAAUGGAUGUAAUGGAGGAAGAGCUUUUCGAAAGAGAAGCAUUAUGCAAUGAAUGCGAAAAGUGUAGUGCAAGAGAAGAAGAGGAUUGGAUAAGCAAGUUACCUGAAACUUAUGUCAGAUGCUCUUGUUGCGGCUUCGGACAGAUGAUAUUGUUAGAACUAGUUUUCUGUCCAAGAGGUGGCAAAACUCUGGUUUAACUUACCACAGUUUUGCAACUUGAAAAUAGAACUCCUACCACAGUUUGCAAUUUGUAUUGUUUGCAAGACCACAGUUUUGAAUGUGAUGGUUAAGUGUAUGAGUCUAUCCUACCU